AUGCCUCUAAGUGCAGGUAAAUGCAAAUUUAAUAUAUUGAAAAAAAGUGUUAUAAAUUCAUGUAUUUCCAAGAGUAAUAUCCAUUAGGUUAUAUUAAUUGAUCAUCAUGAUUUUAAUUUUUUCAGACAUAUCCACAGCUCUUCAUUUAUUGGAGCACGUUCAGGAAAGGGUAGAAGAUUGCAAUGACCCAAAGCUACAAAUGCACACAACUCAAGAUAUUAAGUCUUUGAUUUCUCUUCUGGAAGAUCCGGUAUUCCGCAGCAUAGUGACGAUUCAAGAUUCGCUGAUCGAACUGAACAGUCAACUGGGACAGCAUCCGUCUAUCAUCCCUGGCGAUUUUGACAUCAAUAUCAGUGGACAAUUGGAACUUUCUGUUCCCAGUACACCAGUACAACCACUUGGAUCAAACGUGUAUCAAGAUCUAUAUCAAGAUAGCAGUGAAUUAGAAGAUCAAAGGGUUCCAGUUGUUCCAUUAGUGCAUAGCAGCAGCGAGGAUACUAGUGCACAGGUUACAAGCCCAAGUCUUGUAUCUGAGGUUAUGGGAAUGCCUCCAAUUACAACAACAACGUAUGCUAAGGAGUUCAAGAAAGUUAUCGAAGCUGCAGCUAGAGGACGUCAAGUAUUCACUGUGCAGUUGUAUAAACCAGAGGGUACCAGUCUUGGAUUCAGUGUGGUCGGUCUUCGCAGUAAGGAUAAAGGAGAGCUGGGUAUCUUCUUGCAGGAGAUACAACCGAAAGGCAUUGCUGGC